UCGCGCCUUUGUUAUAAGUGGCCUUGAUGACUUGGUAAUAGACAGUGUUUUCUUGGUACUCACUAUAGUCACGUGGGUGACUCCAAACUAUAACAGCCCGAAACGCAACUACUUGAUAAAGACCUUGACAGAUAGCAAUAGACCAAUCGGACAUGUCCGAAGCGGAUGUGCGUAAUUUGAAAAAGACGUUUAUCCACUCUGAUACACACGAGUUGUGUUGAGCAGACUGGCGGUAUGACUCAGUCUAACGGUCUCCUGUCGCCAUCUAAAAGAGAAAGAUAUGCGGCUAGCAACACUCAUCGUCAUCAUACGUUAUUAAGUAUGACUCAGAAAACGUCGAGCGAGCUUUUCAAAGAAGUCCUAUCACCAGAGAUUCUACUUGGAAAACUCCCAAAUGUGGUAGAAAAUGCUCCGGAACCGAAUUCUCCCUAUAAACCAACGUGUAGUAUUCGUGAAGAGCAUGGUCGACCUAUUUACGGUGUUGCCUUUAAUUCGGACAAUCGGAGUCAACCAUCUGAUCCGCUUUAUUUCGCUACAGUUUCUGGUCACUAUGUUACAGUGUACCAGUGUCACUUGAAGGACGACGUUGAAGAUGCUUCAAGUGAGGAUUCUUCGACACUGGAGCCUGUCAGUACAUUGUUGACUUUCGCUGAUCCAGCUGGUGAUGAGGAAGAGUUUUAUUGCUGUGCUUGGUCACGUGAUACAAGUGAGAGGUCUGUGUUUAACUCGUGGGGAGGUUGCAGUGAGAGUCAUCGACCUCGCCCGACUCCUCACCAAGGUGUAAAUGAUUUUUACAGUGGGUCAAUUAUCCCUCCGCACCAGCAGAUUAUCGCUGUGGCAGGGAAACGUGGCGUUAUCCGGGUUCUUUGCCCCAGCAUGCUAAGUUGUCUUGGUAGUCUCGUUGGCCAUGGAGGCUCUAUCAACGAGCUGAAAUUUCAUCCGAAACGUCUCUCCCUAUUGUUUUCCUUCAGUAAAGUGCAUCUGGAAGAACCAAUUUAUUACACUAUUCGUCUGUGGAAUGUUGCCACUAAUGUGUUAAUUUGUGUCUUUGGAGGAUCAGAAGGCCAUCGGGCUGAAGUGCUGCAUGGUGAUGUAUCCCUAUCCGGUAACCUCCUGUUGUCUGCAGGGAUGGAUCAUUAUAUAAAGAUCUGGCGACUUAACACUCCUGAACUGGCGAAUAGCAUCAGCGAAUCUUUUGACUAUCGUCUUCAUACAAAUACAAGGUCGUUCCCUGUACUGGUACAACACUUCCCGGAAUUUAGUUCCCGUGAUGUGCACGGUGAUUACGUGGAUUGUGCGCGUUGGUUUGGUAGCUUGGUUAUCUCUAAGUCGUGUGAGAAUUGUGUUAUGCUUUGGAAACCCGGUGAACUAGAUAAUUCAUCAUACUGUACUGAUUCAUCGUCUGUGGUAUGUAGUGACAGUGGGUCACAUUUAGCCGAUGGUGGGAUUCAGGUGACAGAUGGGUUGCGGCUUCCGACUCGGCUGUCUGGAAUUGUCCCUCAUUCGGAAAAGCAACCGCAUGCACCCGGAGUACUGACAGAGCCCAAAGCGAGCGUCAUCCACCGUUUGAAAGCAGAGAAUUGUAAUCUAUGGUUUGUUCGUUUUGAUUUGGAUCUGAAAAAUCAGAUACUUGCUUUGGGCACAAGUAGUGGUCCGUCACGCGUGUAUUUGUGGGAUCUAAAGCAUCCUGAGAAAGCAUUCAAUCUGCCACCUCAAGUGCUUCAUCUCCCUCCAAUUAGCAGAGUUGGUCGAGGUGGUUCAUCAUCGAACCACGUGGCGAUCAGACAAAUACGUUUUGCUAAUGACGGUGAAAUUCUCUUAUGUGUAGGUGAUAAUGGUGUCAUUGUAAGGUUUGAUAGAAUGUAACUUUUGUAUAUAUUUAUUGUCAUCAGUGUUUAGUUUGAAAUGUAUCAAUAAAUCAUAUUUUUUUUAAGGAA